AGUUUCCGCGGAGAUUUUCCGCAAGCACGAGUUUCGUUCCGGCAGAGGAAGAAAAAAGGUUAUACGAUGGCACCGCAGGCAGCUCCUGCUUUUAAGCAUGAAGCAGAAGGGAUGGGUAUCAAUGCCAUCCUCCUGGGACCUCCAGGAUCAGGCAAGGGAACUCAGGCCCCACUGCUGAAGGAGAAAUUCUGCGUCUGCCACCUGUCCACGGGGGACAUGCUGCGGGCAGAAAUAUCCUCAGGCAGCAAAUUGGGGGCUGAGGUGAAGAAGAUCAUGGAUGAGGGGAAGCUCGUGUCGGAUGAUCUCGUGGUGGAUAUGAUUGACAGCAAUCUAGAUAAACCCGAAUGCCGGAAUGGGUUCCUUUUGGAUGGAUUCCCACGGACUGUGGUGCAAGCGGAAAAGCUCGACACGCUGCUGGAGAAGCGAAAUACCAGCCUGGAUGCGGUGGUGGAGUUUGGCAUUGACGACAGUCUCCUCGUGAGGCGGAUCACGGGACGAUUAAUCCAUCCGGAGAGUGGACGUUCUUAUCAUGAGGAGUUUCAUCCGCCAAAAUCCCCCAUGAAAGACGAUAUUACGGGAGAGCGCCUCAUCCGACGUAGCGAUGACAAUGCGGAGGCACUGAAGAAGCGCCUCGAGGCCUAUCACAAGCAAACCCGCCCACUUACGGAUUACUACGCCCUAAGGGGGCUCCACUUCCGUGUGGAUGCUUCCAAGAAGGCUUCCGAAGUGUUUGAGAACAUCGACAGUAUCUUCCUGAAGCAACGUACAUCGCGACUGAGGGCGCGCAUUUAAAAGUUCGCGAAAAAUGUUGCUUCAGGUGGGGAAAAGCUUGCCGUGGGAAAUCAGCCACAACUGGUAAUAAAAAAAAAACAAUUGGAAAAUAAAAUAGCAACGAGGCACAAAAGAGAUAAUAAAAUAAAACAAAACAAUCUCCAUUCCGCAAAAAAAGAAGAACUUAUGGAUAGAAAACUCUCAAGCAUAUCAGCCAGCACAGCCAGAGAAAACCCCCCGAAGAGAGAUUCCUCUCAAAUCAAAAAGAUUGUAAGAAAAAAAGUAAAGAGAAAAUAUAUUGAGAGAAAUGUUGAA